UUGCGUCAUUUUUAGAGAGGAAGAGGGCACAAGUUUCGUUUAGGGUUAGGGUUAACGGGCGGGAUCGGGACCUGGAGGAGCAACCGAACGAGAGCGAGAUUUUGAAGAUGUCGACGAGGGAGAGGGAGAGGGAGAGGGAUCAGUAUUGGUAUGUGUGGAUGGAAAAUCAACUAUGCUGUCUAAAUAUUACUCAAUUGGGGAAGGGAAGCUGUUCUCGGCCUGAAUUUCAAACAAUGUUUGAUAAUUCUGACGGUGUUUUAGAUUUACCGAUAAAAAUGGGAUGUAUCUCUGUGGGUUCCAAAUUGUACAUGAUUGGGGGUGAGAGAGAGAAGUGGAUCACCCCCGAUGAUGAUGAUGAUGAUGGUUAUAAGCUUGCUAUUACUGAGAUUGAUUUUCUUCCCAAUCUAGAUGUAUAUGCGUUGGAUUUUGAUUGUCGUGGUUGUGCAUCUAUCCGUGCCUGCAAGAAUGGUGGUGAUGAUGAUAUUCCCAGGAUGCUUGUUCCCAAGUUUAGUCCUCUCGUGAUCAACCUUGAUGAGAAGAUUUAUGUUCUGGCGAGACGACCAUCUUGCAAAUACGAUAAACCACUUGAGCUGCCUGUUUUCGAGGUUUUUGAUCCCCUCCUCGAAUCCUGGAGAGCCCUCCCUCAUCCCCCCUGGACAGACCCUGCCCAAUUUAAAAUAGGUAGUGAUUAUAUGCAUCACCACUUUGUUUGGGCUCACAAGAUCGUCUGUUGCACCAUUGCUGGUUUCUACAUUUUUGACACUCGUAUGGAGAAAUGGGAGUUCACUGAAAAGCGCUUAUCCCCUAUCCCUAUGAUCUCCUGUGCUGCGGCUGAAUUCAAUGGGUUUUUAGUCGCCAUGCCAUGGGACCUUCAACAGCUCAGUAUUUAUCAGUUGGAUUCCGAUGGGAUCCCCAAGUCUUAUCGCGUACUACACGAGCUUUAUAGUGUGUUCAAUCCGCCUUUUGUUCGAUACCAUUUCCAGGGCUUUCUCACCCAUUUGGGUGAUGAUGUUGAUGGUGGCGGCCAUAAAAUGUGUUUGUUGUAUGCUGGCGUGGAUCAUUGUAAUACGUGGUAUGCACGUGUGGCAAUCUUUCGGGUUAUAUUAUCAUGUAAUGAUGCUGGUGAUCUGUACCCCCAUGCAUAUCUCGAAACCGUGGAAGUUUAUGAUUUAGAGAAAUUUGACGGGUUGUCUUGUUGGAUCGAUUCUGCUUUUGUCACGUAUGAUUAUUCGAACAAGCAUGAUGUGGGAGGCUGACGCAACUUUCAUGGAUGAAAAUCUUUUUGGAUUAGAUAGUGACAAAAAGAAUAAGCGUGCUGUGAAGUAUAUGGAGGGUGAUGCUGUAUUCAAGAAGCUCAAAAACAUUGCUUGAAUAGAUUGUUAUGCGAGUCUAAACAUCCAUGCCUUCUAAGUGAUAUGCUACUUCUAGUGUUUUAAGUUGUCUAAACCCUUAUCCAGGACAUUAUCUUUUACUAGGUAAUGCUUUUGAAUUGGUCUGUAUUAGAAAACUCCAUCUAAUGUAGUUCAUGCCCUGUUACCAUGAGCAGCUAGAGGACGGGCAUAUGGUUAGUUUCUUUUUGUGUUUUAGGCAGGCAGGUUAUAGGUUUGCUAAUGGAAUGCAAUGAACAUAAUUGAAUUGUCUUAGUUGGACUGGUAAUUAAUAUGUACUUGUUAAUAUAUGUUUAUCAUAGUAUUCAUGUA